GAAGGAAUCCCACAAAAAGUUCCAAAAGAAAGGGAAAGCAUAGUGAAAAAUAAUAAAAUAAAAUAAGAAAACAGAAGGGUAUAAUGGGGAAAAUGGUAGUUUCAUAAUUUCCAGUGGUGGCUUCAAAGAAAGAAAGCAGCAGAGAAAGCACAGAGAGAGAGAGAGAGAGAGAGAGAGAGUGGUUUUUAAUGUGUUUUUUGGUUUUCUUGCUUCGAUCAUUUUGCUGAGGCACGACCUCUCUCUCUUCUGUAAUUCUCUUCUUUCUGUUUUGCAUUCAUUAUACAAUUGAACGCUAAGAAAAACCCAUAAACAAUUGCCUAAAAAAGAAAAAAAGGAAAAUUGCUUUUAAGGAAAUUAACAAAGAAGAAGAAAAAAACGAAAAUGGUGUCGGCAAGCAAGGAGAUGGUGGUAUACUGUUUUGAUACUCUUGUUUCUCACUACAAUAGCGAAGAGGCUCCUCCCCCAGCCUUUGAUGAGGGUCAACACCCAUUGUUUGUUACCUGGAAGAAAGUGGUGAAUGGUUCAGAGCCUCGUUUACGUGGAUGUAUUGGAACACUUGAAGCACGUUGCUUGAUCAAUGGCUUCAAGGAUUAUGCUCUAAACAGUGCUUUGAGGGAUCGCAGGUUUCCUCCCAUACAACCUAAGGAAUUACCUUUUUUGGAGUGUACAGUUUCUAUUCUGACUGAUUAUGAAACUGCUAACCAUUAUCUUGACUGGGAGAUUGGAAAGCAUGGUAUAAUUAUUGAGUUUACAGAUCCUGACUAUAAUACUAGGCGCAGUGCCACAUAUUUGCCUGAGGUGGCUGCCCAUGAGGGUUGGACCAAAACAGAGGCAAUUGACUCAUUGAUGCGCAAAGCAGGAUACAGCAGCACCAUUACCGAGCAGCUAAGGAAGCGGAUUAGACUGACCCGAUACCAGAGCACAUUAUGCACCAUGCAAUACAGUGAAUAUGUUUCGUAUGUCAGGGAAGCCAGAGGUGCAGCUCCGUCUAUUGUUGGGGUUAAGCCUGCCAACUAUUGAUUUUUCCAAGCUGCUUUUUCCUAAGACCAGAAAGCUAGUUUGGUUUAAAACAAAAAGGGAAUACCAUUCAAAAAGAAAAUCUGGGUUGGAAUUGAAUUUGCUAAUUGUUCCAUCCUAUUGCUGCUUCUGUAUUGUUGUAACCUGUUGAUAUCAUUCUUCAAAUUCAUUUUGAUUUUGGAGAAAGAAACUAGAAACGCUGGUUGAACUAAGAUUGCUCUGUUUUUAGCUGCCCAUAGCUGACAUUCUUCAGCAGCUUCUUUGGGAAAAACUUGACUCUGUUUUAAAUUUGGUUCGUGAUUCAGUCA